GUUGUAGAGGACGCUGUAAGGGACAAGCGAAUGAACCUCGGCAUUUGAUACUGUCGGCCAAAUUAUUGAUUCGUGCCGCGGGUCCACCCACUGCCUCUCUUCAUGUGCGACCAGCAAGACAUCGCCUCCUGGACCGAAAGACUUCUCUCAUAUUUCUUCCUGAAUGUCUUCAAUCUCUUCCUCUCUCUGUCAUUAAAAUUUGUCGCUGUCUCUCGAACCUCUCACUCACACCAGAGCGCGAUCGGAAAUAAAAAAAAAUUCACUGAGGCUUCCCUGACCCACAUCUAUACCCGCCUUUAACCCCAGACAAAUUAUCGGCCGAGAUGAGCACACCAGGAGAUUUUGACGCCGUACGGAGGGACAUUGUCGCCCAACUGAAGAAGCCGGGCUACGACGAUGGUAGCGCAGGACCUGUAUUUGUUCGACUAGCAUGGCACUCCGCAGGCACAUACGACGCAGAAUCGGACACAGGCGGUUCCAAUGGUGCAGGCAUGCGAUAUGAAGCAGAGGGUGGCGACCCAGCCAACGCCGGUCUUCAGCACGGACGGGCCUUCCUCGAACCAGUAAAGGAGAAGCACCCCUGGAUCACAUACGCAGAUCUGUGGACAUUAGCUGGCGUAGUAGCGGUCAAAGAGCUAGGCGGACCCGACGUGCCAUGGAAGCCCGGCCGUACGGAUUUGGUCGACGACUCGAAGGUGCCACCUCGUGGUCGUCUGCCCGACGCUGCCCAGGGUGCCGAGCACCUGCGUUUCAUCUUCAACCGGAUGGGCUUCAACGACCAAGAAAUUGUCGCAUUGGCGGGAGGACACAACUUGGGCCGCUGCCACAUGGACCGAAGUGGAUUCCAUGGCCCCUGGGUGAACAACCCCACCCGCUUCUCGAACCAGUUCUACAACCUGCUCCUUAAGCUCGAGUGGACGCCUAAGACGCUGGAGAACGGCAUUCAGCAGUUUGUGUAUGUGGAUCCUGAUGCGGAGGAAGGCGAUGAGCAGCUGAUGAUGCUGCCGACCGACGUUGCGUUGGUCACCGAUCCGAAGUUCCGCGUUUGGGUGGAGCGAUAUGCCCAGGACAAGGAACUUUUCUUCGAUCACUUCGCGAAGGUGUUCGCUAAGCUGAUUGAGUUGGGUAUCAAGCGCGACGCCAACGGGGUCAUCAUCAACUCGGACAAUGUCAAGGGCGGAUACGUCUCCGCGCCCAAGAAGAGCAAUACUCCAAAUGGACAGUCGCAACGCGGUGGUGGUUGCCCCAUGGCCCGGCUAUAGAUUUCUGUUUCGUGUUUGCCUAUUAUUUCCUUGUAUAUAGAUAGAAGAUCGGACAUAGAGAACGGGUCGUUUAAUAGAUUUAGAAGUUUUCGAACAGUAUUUCCAUUG